AUGUUACUGAGGUUCAGAUCAAGAAAUGGGAUGGAAAGAGUGAGCUGUGAGAGUGGGGAUAGUUUUGGGAAAGUGUUGAGUACUUUAGCAGAGAAACAUUUUGGUACAAUUGACUUAUCAUCGAUAACUGUAGGGAAUGAUCCUAAGAGUGUCAACGAACCUGCGUCGAAUAUUGCUGAAAAGUCAAUUGAUGAUCUAGGCUUGAAGCAUGGCGAUAUUGUUUAUAUUGAGUAUAAGGACGUUAUCUCGGGUGGCAAUUCUGUUUCGGUGGAUGGUGUUCCAAAUAGCCAAGCUAUUUGGCACAGUGUUGCAAUCAACACUUCUGGGGUAACCAUGUCCCAACCUAUGAAAGUACAAGAAUCGCCCUUGGAUGAAAAUUUGGAGAGACAGAGUGGGUUUAUUGCUAGGACUAAAUCGUCAUUGUGUAAACAUGGGGAUAAAGGUAUGUGCGAGUACUGUUCGCCUCUACCGCCUUGGGAUAGAGAAUACCACAAGGAGCAUGGUAUCAAGCAUGUGUCAUUCCAUUCUUAUUUGAAACAACUGGAUGAAACCACUAACAAGAAGUCUAGUGGAAGUUCGUAUAUCGCACCUUUAUCUCAACCAAAUUAUAAGAUUGACAAGAGGUGUACUAAUGGUCACGAACCAUGGCCAAGAGGUAUUUGUUCCAAAUGCCAACCCUCUGCAAUCACAUUGAAACAACAAGAAUUCAGAAUGGUAGACCACGUCGAGUUCCAAAAAAGUGACCUGAUUAAUGAAUUUAUCAAUUCUUGGAGAACCACCGGUACUCAACGGUUUGGUUAUAUGUAUGGCAAGUAUGAACCAUAUGAUGUAACACCAUUGGGGAUCAAAGCAGUAGUUGAGGCCAUCUAUGAACCUUCCCAACAUGAUGAACAAGACGGUUUGACUAUGGACAUGGAACAAGUUAGCAUACAGAUGGCUGAGAUUGAUGAACUAUCAAAAGAAAUGGGCUUAUCACGAAUCGGAUUAAUAUUCACAGAUCUUACCGAUACAGGCAACGGCAACGGGACUGUUUUCUGUAAGAGACAUAAAGAUUCGUUUUUCUUAUCUUCUUUGGAAGUGAUCAAUUCAUCCAAACAUCAGUUACAAUUCCCUAACGCUUGCAAAUUCAGCGAACAAGGGCAUUUCUCUUCUAAGUUUGUGACGUGUGUCAUCUCCGGUAACCUUCAAAAUGAAAUCGAUAUCUCGAGUUAUCAAGUUUCCACCGAAGCAGAAGCAUUGGUAGACGCCACAAUGAUAAGCGGUUCCACGCAUCCAUCGAUGGCAUACAUCAACGAAACCACUAAGGAAAGAUAUGUACCGGAAAUAUUUUACAUGAAGACUAAUGAAUACGGAUUAACUGUUAAAGAGAAUGCCAAACCUGCAUUCCCAGUAGAUUAUUUACUGGUCACUUUAACUCAUGGCUUCUUCAAAAAUUCAGAAGACAAUGAAAAAAAGGGAAUCUUCACUACCAACACCGGAUUCCCAUGGGCUAACAGACAAGCAAUGGGUGUUUCACAAGAUUAUCAUGAAAUGAAGAAAUAUCUUUACACAGCAGCCACCGGUGAUGAUUUCCAAAUGCUAAAGGAGAAAUUAUCCAAUUUCCACCUAUUACUAUACAUCUACUCGCUAGAGAUUCUGUCAAAGGAAGAGUGGUCUCAAUUAUUACAAUCUAUCAUUCACAAAGAUGACAACUCCAAUGAAAACAUAUUGAAACUCAUCUCUAGCCCAGGGUGGCAAACACUAGUAAUGAUAUUGCAAGAAUCUAUGUAA